UCAUCGCUGCGUGCCAAGAUUCAUCCGCACGCUUUUCAGUUUCGUCCGCUCAUUUUCGAUUUAAUUUCCUCCAUUUAACCCAUACUAACAAUUGAAUUAAUGUCAAAGUUCAAAAUAAAAAGCUAAAGUUUUUCCAUUUAUUCGGAACGCACUUAAUUUUGCGAGGAAAAGUAGCACUACUUUUCUGCGAAGCCGCGAGCUUUAUCGAGCACCAUUGAAGCAAUGGGAAAAUAUCAAUGAGCCUAGUCCAAUACCGACCGUGUUCAGAGAAGUGUUUAUGUUUCGUGUUUCGGUUCAGUGUGGGUGUUUAUUUUCUAAUUUAUUAAUUUUGUGAGUGACCAGUGAUCUCGGUGUUUUGUGAAAUACUUUGUGCACCUUUCCCUAUGUUGUGCUGCAAAAAGUGACGUUUGCUCCGCACGGAUAUUUCUGAAAUUUCGACCGGCGGACGGAGCUAGGGCGAGGAUAUGACGACGGACAUCUCAAUGGUCCGGUGGGACCCGUCCGUCCCCGGACAACAGGACAUCCUCGAGGAAUACGAGUACGAUGGAGGAAAUUCCUCAUCCAGGCUCUUCGAACGCUCAAGAAUCAAAGCUUUAGCAGAUGAACGAGAAAGCGUGCAGAAGAAAACUUUCCAGAAAUGGGUCAACUCACACCUGGUGCGUGUCAACUCCCGGAUCGGGGACCUCUACCUCGAUCUCCGGGACGGAAAAAUGCUCAUCAAAUUAUUAGAAGUUCUGUCGGGUGAAAGACUGCCAAGGCCAACAAAAGGCAAAAUGAGGAUACAUUGUUUAGAAAACGUAGACAAAGCAUUACAGUUUCUCAGAGAACAGCGAGUACAUUUGGAAAACAUGGGAUCUCAUGACAUAGUAGAUGGAAACCCUCGCCUCUCGUUGGGUCUCAUUUGGACCAUUAUUCUUCGAUUCCAGAUUCAAGACAUCACAAUCGAGGAAACAGAUAACCAAGAAACAAAAUCAGCCAAAGAUGCACUGCUGCUCUGGUGUCAAAUGAAGACAGCUGGCUACCACCAUGUAAAUGUUCGUAACUUCACAACAUCCUGGCGUGAUGGUCUCGCAUUCAAUGCCAUCAUCCACAAACAUCGACCAGACCUAAUCCAAUUCGAGAAGCUUUCCAAAUCUAAUGCCAUGUACAACUUAAACAAUGCCUUUGAUGUGGCUGAAGAUAAAUUAGGUUUAACUAAACUUUUAGAUGCUGAAGAUGUUUUUGUUGAGCAACCUGACGAGAAAUCAAUUAUCACCUACGUAGUAACUUAUUAUCAUUACUUUAGCAAGAUGAAACAAGAAACUGUCCAGGGAAAACGUAUAGGAAAAGUGGUCGGCAUAGCCAUGGACAACGAGCGCAUGAUCGACGAAUACGAAGGACUCACGAGCGAUCUCUUGAAGUGGAUCGAAAACACUAUCGAUAAUCUUGGCGACCGAGAAUUUGCCAACUCUCUAGUCGGUGUUCAGCAACAGCUGUUACAGUUCAAUAAUUAUCGUACGGUUGAAAAACCACCCAAGUUUGUAGAAAAGGGUAAUCUAGAGAUUUUACUGUUCACUUUGCAAUCAAAAAUGCGAGCAAAUAACCAGAAGCCUUACACACCAAAAGAAGGCAAAAUGAUUUCGGAUAUCAACAAAGCUUGGGAAAGAUUAGAGAAAGCAGAACAUGAAAGGGAAUUGGCUUUGAGAGAGGAACUCAUCAGGCAAGAAAAACUGGAGCAAUUAGCUGCACGUUUCAACCGAAAGGCUAGCAUGAGGGAGACAUGGCUGAGUGAGAAUCAGCGACUUGUGUCCCAAGACAACUUCGGAUUUGACCUUACUGCAGUGGAAGCUGCUGCCAAAAAGCAUGAAGCAAUUGAAACUGAUAUAUUCGCAUACGAGGAGCGUGUCCAAGCUGUGUGCACCGUCAGUCAAGAACUGGAGGCUGAAAACUAUCAUGAUAUUGAAAAGAUCAAUGCCCGCAAAGAUAAUGUUCUCAGGUUGUGGAACUACUUGUUGGAGCUACUUAGAGCACGGCGAUUACGCCUCGAGCUAUCUCUGCAAUUGCAGCAGAACUUCCAAGAAAUGUUGUAUAUUCUUGACUCCAUGGAAGAACUCAAAAUUCGACUCUUAUCCGACGAUUAUGGCAAACAUCUUAUGGGAGUGGAAGAUUUACUUCAGAAGCACAAUUUGGUGGAAGCUGACAUCAACGUGCUCGGUGAACGAGUCAAAUCUGUUGUUCAGCAAUCGCAGAGGUUCCUCGAUCAGGAAACAACAGAAGGCUACCGGCCAUGUGAUCCGACAAUAAUUGUCGAACGCGUCCAACAGCUCGAGGAUGCCUAUGCCGAACUCGUCAAAUUGGCUGUUGAACGUAGAGCCAGAUUGGAAGAAAGCCGCAAACUGUGGCAGUUCUACUGGGAUAUGGCUGACGAAGAGAAUUGGAUCAAGGAGAAGGAACAGAUUGUAUCGGCAGGUGACAUCGGUCAUGACCUGACAACAGUCAACUUGCUCCUAUCCAAACACAAAGCUCUCGAAACUGAAAUCCAAAGCCAUGAACCGCAGUUGAUGAGUGUUGUCUCUGUGGGCGAUGAACUUGUGCGCCAAGGACACUUUGGAGCGGAACGCAUCCAGGAGCGUCUGGCCAAUACUCUUGGGAUGUGGCAGCAUCUGCUUGAUCUCUCGGCUGCUCGGCGAUCUCGUCUUGAAGAAGCUGUUGAUUUCCACCAGUUCUUCGCCGAUGCAGAUGAUGUGGACAUCUGGAUGCUUGACACGCUCCGUUUGGUAUCUUCUGAAGAUGUUGGUCGCGACGAGGCCAACGUCCAAUCACUGCUUAAAAAACACAAGGAUGGCACAGAUGAACUUAAGAAUUACGCAAGCACGAUUGAGGCACUCCAUCAACAGGCAUCACAGCUCGGCGAACAGGACCGCAAAUGUCCGGAAGUUGUUGAGCGGCUUGAAUCUAUCGAUCACCGAUACAAAGAGCUCCUUGAGCUGGCGCAGCUACGCAAGCAGCGCUUGCUUGAUGCGCUGUCACUGUACAAGCUCUUCUCGGAAGCUGAUGGUGUGGAACAAUGGAUCAAUGAGAAGGAUCGUAUGUUGAACACUAUGGAACCAGCAAAGGAUAUUGAAGAUGUCGAAGUUAUGCGCCACCGUUAUGCUGGCUUUGACAAGGAAAUGAACAACAAUGCAUCUCGCGUUGCUGUUGUCAACCAGCUUGCAAGACAGUUGCUGCAUGUCGAACACCCCAACUCACAAGAAAUCCUCGCUCGUCAGAAUAAGCUUAACCAUGAAUGGGCAGAAUUAAGAGAGAAGGCAGAAGCCAAACGAGAAGAGUUGAACUCUGCUCAUGGUGUACAAACAUUCCACAUUGAGUGCCGUGAGACAUUGAGUUGGAUUGAAGACAAGAAACGUAUCCUCCAAUCAACAGACAAUCUUGAAAUGGACUUAACUGGUAUCAUGACCCUACAGCGUCGCUUAUCUGGAAUGGAGCGUGACUUAGCUGCAAUCCAAGCUAAACUGGAUUCGCUAGAGAGCGAAGCAGCAACCAUCAGUAACGAACACCCUGAAGAAGCUGAGGCAAUUCGGGAGAGAAUCCAACAGAUUCAAGUCAUCUGGGAACAGCUCACACAAAUGCUGAAAGAACGUGACGCAAAAUUGGAAGAAGCAGGUGACCUGCACAGAUUCUUGCGGGACUUGGAUCAUUUCCAGGCAUGGCUGACCAAGACGCAAACAGACGUUGCCUCUGAGGACACUCCGACCUCACUGCAAGAUGCUGAGAAACUCAUCAUUCAGCACCACAUCAUUCUUGGAGAGAUCAACAACUACAAAGAUAGCUACGAGAAGAUGAUGCACUAUGGAGAGCAACUAACUGCUGAUCCAUCGCAGAAUGACCCACAAUACAUGUUCCUGAGGGAACGUCUGAAGGCUUUGCAGGAUGGUUGGGAAGAGUUACAUCAGAUGCACGCCAACAGACGAAAGUUGCUCAGUCAGUCACUCCAACUCCACUUGUUCCAGAAGCUGGCCGGUCAAGGAGAAGUGCUCUUGUCGCAACAAGAACACGUCUUGUCCAAGGACGAUACUCCUGUCAACCUUGAGCAAGCAGAAAAUCUAAUCAAGCGACAUGAAGCAUUCCUCACCACCAUUGAAGCUAAUGAUGAGAAACUAAAUGAAAUCCUUACAUUCGCUGAUUCUCUAGAGAAACAAGAACACCCUGAAGCCGAAAAAUGCAAAAAGAAAGCUGAAUCAUUGAACGAAAGACGUAACCUAAACAAACAGAGAGCAUUAGAAAUGAUGGACAAGCUAAAAGACCAACUGCAACUGCAUCAAUUUUUGCAGGACUGCGAAGAGCUGGGUGAAUGGGUUCAGGAAAAGAAAUUCACCGCAACAGAUGAAACAUACCGCAGCGCCAAGACAGUGCACAGCAAAUGGACGCGCCAUCAAGCAUUUGAAGCAGAAAUUGCGUCUAAUAAAGACAGACUUGUCCGGAUUCAACAGGCUGGUGAGGAGAUUAUGAAAGAGAAACCAGAACUAGCAGAACUCAUUGGACCGAAGAUAGCAGAUCUUGGCAACACCUUCGAUGAUCUUGAAGUAACAACCAAAGAUAAAGGCGAACGAUUGUUCGAUGCCAACCGAGAGGUGCUCAUUCAUCAGACGUGCGAUGACAUUGACUCCUGGAUGACGGAGCUAGAGAAGCAGAUCUCAACUGAUGAUCAUGGUUCAGAUUUGGCCUCUGUCAACAUUCUCAUGCAGAAACAACAGAUGAUCGAGAUGCAAAUGGCUGUGAAAGCUAAACAGGUUGGUGAACUUGAAACACAAGCCGAACACCUGCAGAAAACAGUUCCGGAGAAGAUGGAUGACAUUCGUGCCAAGAAACAACAGGUCGAAGAACGUUUCGAACAGCUCAAAGCUCCACUUCUGGAGAGACAGAAACUGCUUGAAAAGAAGAAAGAAGCAUUCCAGUUCCGACGAGAUGUUGAGGACGAGAAACUCUGGAUUCAAGAGAAAAUGCCGCUGGCAACAUCAACCGAAUAUGGAAACAGCUUGUACAAUGUUAAUAUGCUGAAGAAAAAGAAUCAGUCUUUAAGCAAUGAAAUAGAGAACCAUGUGCCACGUAUCAACGCUGUGUGCAGAAAUGGACAGAAACUAGUAGAUGAAGGUCAUGAGGAUAAAGAAGAAUUCAUGGAACUCAUCAACCAACUUCACUCUCUCUGGCAAGAAUUGCGCGAUGCAGUGGAACAUAGGGCUAGUCAAUUACUUCAGUCAGAAAAAGCUCAGCAGUACUUGUUUGAUGCAAGUGAGGCGGAGAGCUGGAUGAGUGAACGAGAGCUCUACAUGAUGGUUGAAGACCGCGGUAAAGAUGAAAUCUCGACACAAAACUUGAUCAAGAAACACGAACGAUUGGAGCAGGAAGUGGAACAUUACGCAGACAAUGUAAGACAGUUAGGCGAAGUAGCAAGGUUGCUCACAGCAGAAAUGCACCCUCAGAGCGACCAAAUAGCAGUAAAACAAUCUCAAGUAGACAAACUGUACGCCGGUUUGAAGGAUCUCGCAGGAGAAAGGAGAGCAAAGCUGGAAGAAGGUUCAAAACUAUUCGUCCUGAAGCGAGAAGUAGAUGACUUGGAACAAUGGAUCCAAGAGCGCGAGCUUGUUGCCAGCUCACAAGAACUAGGCCAAGACUACGAUCAUGUUACACUUCUUUGGGAGCGCUUCAAAGAGUUUGCCCGAGAUACAGAAGCAAUAGGAUCAGAAAGAGUCGCAAGCGUUAAUGGUAUUGCAGACGAUCUUAUUGCGAAUGGCCAUAGCGAUUCAGCCAAGAUUGCGGAACUCAAGGACCAGCUCAAUGAAUUGUGGCAAGAUCUGCUCGAAUUAAUCGAUACAAGGACUCAGAUGUUAGUUGCCUCUCGAGAGUUGCACAAAUUCUUCCACGAUUGUAAAGACAUCCUAGGCCGAAUUUCUGAGAAAUGGCACGCAAUGUCAGAUGAGCUCGGACGUGAUGCUGGCACCGUCGGAACCCUUCUGCGGAAACAUCAUAGUUUCAUGCAAGAUCUUCAAACACUCCAAUCUCAGGUGCGAAAUAUCCAACAGGAAUCGCAGAAGCUACAAGCCUCCUAUGCAGGCGAAAAAGCUAAGGAGAUAACAAACCGAGAAGCAGAAGUAGUCAACUCAUGGACGUCGUUACAGAAUGCAUGUGAAGCGCGAAAGGAGAAGUUGGUAGACACAGAAGAUCUGUUUAAGUUCCUGGCCAUGGUACGCAUGCUUAUGCUGUGGAUGACGGACAUGAUCAACCAGAUGAACCACACAGAGAAACCAAGGGAUGUGAGUGGUGUAGAGCUGCUGAUGAACAACCACCGCAGUCUGAAAGCUGAAAUCGAAGCUCGUGAUUCCAAUUUCACCAGUUGUUUUUCUCUUGGAAAGGAACUAUUAUCUAGAACCCAUUAUGCUUCAUCUGAGAUUAAAGAAAAACUUGUGAGUCUAACAGAUGAAAGGAAUGCCUUAAUGAGCCGAUGGGAAGAACGGUGGGAGCACCUUCAGUUGAUCUUGGAAGUUUAUCAGUUCGCCCGUGACGCUGCCGUUGCUGAAGCCUGGCUCUUAGCGCAAGAACCAUAUCUCAUGAGUAUAGAACUAGGACACACCAUCGAUGAUGUAGAAAAUCUAAUCAAGAAACAUGAAGCAUUUGAAAAGUCUGCAACUGCACAAGAAGAAAGAUUUAGUGCUCUUGAAAGAUUAACAACGUUUGAAUUGAAAGAAUUAAAGAAGAAACAAGAAGCAGAACUGAAAAAGAAAGAAGAAGAAGCAGCCAAAGCUGCCGAGUUAGCCAAACCACCUUCACCUCAAGAUACGGCUGAUGGAGCACAUGAUGGCGUCAAUGGUGACAAAGAAAGAGCUUCUAUCCGCAAACCCCCCACUAAAUUGUCCAUUUCUUCAUCUGUGGAUAAACCAAGUGCAGUUUUGCAUGGUGGCAAACCAGUCUCAACGGUUCCUCAUCGGACCCUUCCUCAGCAGCAGUCGGUUGCUCAGACCUCCAGGGCUCAGUCCACCACCAAAACGCUGCCGUCCAGACUUAGUCCCAAAGAUGCUUCAUUAGCAAGAAAGAAAGAAAGUGCACGUUCUAAAUCGCCGUUUAGAAGUUUCCGCUGGAAGAAAGCGCCUAAAACUGCUUUGCAAACAGCCAGCGCUAGCGAUGAUGAAGAAAAUCUUGGUAGAGCAGCAGAUCGUCCUGUCUCCGGUGAUGGAAACUUGGAAGGUGUGCUAAACCGCAAACAUGAAUGGGAAUCGACCACAAAGAAAGCCAGCAACAGGUCAUGGGACAAAGUUUAUGUCAGUAUACAUGGAACUUCAGUAUGUUUCUACAAAGAUCAGAAGAGUGCCAAGAGUGCACCUGAAGUAUACUACAAGGGAGAGGGACCAAUCGACCUCCGAGGAGGUUCGGCUGAAGUCGCCUCUGACUAUACCAAAAAGAAGCAUGUAUUUAGAGUCAAGUCUGCCAAUGGCGCGGACUAUUUGUUCCAAGCGAAGGAUGAUGAUGAAAUGAGGCAAUGGGUCUCUGCAUUGUCAUCAAUAGCACAGGCACCUGGGUCAGAGGGCCCCUCAAGGUCACAUACACUCCCGGCGCCAGCCGCUGAACGCAAGGAUGAAACUAAAAGACGAUCAUUCUUCACACUGAAAAAGAACUAAAUGGUUUUCAAUUUUCUCAACGCUGCUCUUGUUUGUUCGUAUUCCUCAGUUCAUCAGGGAUGCAAUUUCAUUUCACUAUCUAUUGAUUUUGAUUUUACAACUGCCAUUUAACUACUCGCCUUAUCAGCUUCUAACAAGCUUUCCUUGCUUUUCUCAUGUUCAGAAGCUGUGUUUAUUUCAAUCCCUAAUGACCCAGCUCCUUCCGACAUCGGAUACUUGAGUGCAGCUGUAUGUUUUCUUGUUAUUUUUUAUACAUAUUUAUAAUUUAUUUAUUUCAAAUGUAAAUCUGGCAGCUCCAGCUUUGCAUGGAUGAGCUGUAUCCUCCAAAUUGUAAAUAGUUAUUUUUACAUGUAUAAACGUUUUAUAUUAACCCUCUUAGCUAUCACUGUAACUGUUAGCGUCUUUAAGCUGCUAAAAAUGUUAUCUGUUUUACCGUUUUAUCCCAAUCAGCUUCCCUACCUGUGGUUAAAUCUAAAUUUCAUUUUUUUCUUCGACACCCCGUCCCCACUCUGAACCGAAAACUCUUUAGUUUUUCUAAGUUAAUGUUCAAUAAUUGUGUUUUUCUGCCCAAAAUGCUAAGAAUUUUCUCUAGAUCAAUCGUUUUUAAACUCUACUAUUUUAAUGUUUUUAAAAGCCCUUACAAUGGUCGGAUGAAAUUUUAACACCCGUGUAAUCAUUUUUACAAGGUUUUUAGAAAGGUUUAGUCUCAAUCUAAUUCUCAUUCUUUAGUUAUUCUGAAACUUCUUACUUGUUUUGGAAUGAGUGCUCCAAACGAUUAAUUUUAAUGAUGAAUAAUGGUUAAAAGUUUCAAAAAUUCCGAUACUUCCAUUAAAUGUAAAACUUAAAUAGUAACCAACAAAAAGCACGUUCCAAGUUAUUUUAAUGAAAGGUAUUUAGAAAUGUUAAUCGGGUAAAUUCAACUCCAUUGAAUGUAAAUAUUAACUGAAGAAAGAGAAAUUAUACGAUUAUUCUUGGCUCUUAAAAAUCUUCAAAGUAAAUUUCCUGAAUUGUGCGUGUGCGAAAACAAAGAGUUUUAUCAAAUCAAAGAUGUACAUACUGUAUAUAUGUGUUGCCCUCUUGAUCUACUCUCCGAGGAAGCUAUUUGAAAAAUAAGAAUUGAAAAAAUGAAAAAAAUUUAUUUUAUUCUGUAAAAACUGUUGAAAGAGUGUGUUGAAAUAAAAUUGGAAAGUUUAUUUUUAUUAGCCAUGUUGAAUUGAUAUAAUUUUAAUCGUUCGUUUUUAUCGGAUGACAUUGUAAGGGCUGAAAAAUGGCAGCUAACUAUACGAAUAUAAUUAAGAUUUUCAAGUUCCUUAGUUGAGCAGCACCGUGCCGUUAAUAGGCACUGGCUAAAACUGGCUUUAUGAAGGAGUCAAUAGUUAACCUGAAGUCAAAUUGUUCUCCGCAAUAAUAUCAUCAGAACAUGUCGCAAGAAACGGUCCUCAAUUUAUGAAACCAGAAGCACCAUUAUUAGAGUUGAUCAUGUUAGUGCUACUUCAUUUCGUAAUUCUUAGCUUACUUUUGUGAAAUAUCUAUCAAAAGAGCAUCCCUCGUUCAUGGCUCAUGCAAUAUUCAUCAAGUCUCUUUUACUCUUUAUGUAUGUAUUAAUAGAAAUUUCGACCAAGAAACUAAUAGAGCCAAUCCUGUCUACACUGGACGAGGCUCUUUUGUCACAAGUCCAACAGAUCUUUCACAAAAAUAAGCUGUCUAUUACCUCCCUACUGACCUCUAAAUUGACUAAUUAUCCUUUUAAAAUUAAUCUUCCCUCAAUUGUCAACAGUAACUUUUUUUAUAUUUUUAAUAAUGAAAAAUUAAAGCGGUUCCGUAGCUAUAGAUACAAACUGAUAUUUAUCAUUAAGGAAGGUGCUGCUUUGAAGUCAGAUAUAAGUUUAGUAUUUUCACUUUAAAAUUAUGUAAAAGACAGGGAAAAAGACACAUUUUUUGCAUGUUGGAAGUCUUAAGAUAGUUAAUUUAAGUUUGGUAUUGGACUCAUCUUUCAAAAACGUGCAAUAUGUGCAACUUUUCUCUGAGACCUUGUCACUGUAGAGCUGUAUCUUGUGUUCAACAUUGAGUUUACAUUUCGACCGUGAAACUCUCAAACCGUGUAUCUCAGUUUACGAUAUUGUAGACCUCCCAUCAUACUUCAUUUUGUAAAUGGGUAACUACUCAACAUCAGUUCUAAGGAACUUCCAUGAUUUUUCUUGGAAAGGUGGUGAUUUAUUCUCCUGCAUAAAAAUUAGAUGGGAGUGGAGAUUUUAAAACACAGCAAACAAGAUACAUGGUUCGGGAGUUUCAACGUCGAUUUCUGUCAAAUAUAAAUACAAUGGCACCAGCUGCGUGAAUUGACUUGAAUUCUUACAGAAACUGAAAAAAUUAUUUCUUCUCGCCCCUUUAAUCAGGUAUUGCAUUAAAAAUUUGUUCCUUCUCAAACUCAAGGAGCAAUUGACAUAUUUUUAAGAUGUCGAAGUACUUUUUCAUUUCUUUUUUUUUUUUUAUUAGGUUAUUUUUGCUAUGAAUUGCUUCUUUUGCCAGGCGUUCGAGACUCAGCUUUUGUAUAUCUGAUGCUCCUUGCCUAUCUUGUGAUUGUGGCCCUGCAAGUUGGUGGGAAAAAUAAGUGUUGACUGAAUUUGCAACACAUACAGUCCCAAUUCUAAUUCUAUUACUUUGUGGCCAAAUUUAGAUUCUAUUAUUUGCACUUUUCAGUUUGAUAAAAAUCACUUUUCCUUUUUGUUUAGCUAAUUUUUUUAUAAACAGCUCCGAAGUUUCACCAUUGAAAAAAUCACAGUAUCUCUAAGUAAAUUUGAUAAUCGGCUAUAACAUUUCAAUCCAUUUUUACUCCUCCUCUCCUAGCUUGCUUGUAAUUUUAUCCAUUCUAUAAAAUAAGUGCAAAAUUCCUGAGUAUUUGUACAUAUUGAUGUUCCUAUUCUGAGUUUCAUAAAGCUUUAAGCAUCACCAUUAAAACCUAGCCACUGGCCAUGCAAUUUUUUCUAAAAAAAAUAUUUCUUAUUAUAGCUAUCCGAUUUUGCAACUUGAAAUGUUUGUCGAUGAAUGUUUAUAACUGUAUUUGCAGGUAGACUUUUUUUUUCACUGUAAGAAGUAUCAACAGCGCUACUUCUGCAGCAAUAUUGUUUAUUGGAGCUUCUCUAUCUAAUCGUUAUUUUGUAUCAGAAAAAUUUCAAUUGCCUUCAGCUAUUCUUCAAACACCCUGAAGGGUUGUUAGAUGUGGUCUUUGUGUUUUUAUGUACUCUCUCUUAGUUUUUUUUUUUCUAGCAUAUCUUGGGGAAAUUCUCGCUGAAAGUUUCGUUGAUCAGCUGCUAAGAGUUUUAAAAUUUCCUGCAUUAAUGUUCUGGUAUUUCUCUCUUUUUUUCAAUGUGAAAAGUGUUGUUUCUUGUCACAAAGCAUGUCAUCAUGCUGCAUUCUCCUGAAUUUGAUUCAUGUCUUGGGACACACUUUAAAAUUUGUAAUGUAAACCAAAAAUUGAAUUAGUGAUAAGGAUUAAAAAAUUAAAUUGCUUUUAGCAGUAAAACAAAA